AUGCUGCUUUUGCUUCAAUCCUUCAACAAGCACUGUUCCAAGUUCUACAAUCAUCACCAUAGCCGCCAUGGAAACAGAGCUUCGUUCUCUGUUUCUUGUCUUCAGGCCUUCGAUGCUGAGGUAUCGUCUUGUCUGAAUCAACUCCUGUUGUCGAGCUCUGAUUCGACAACGUUGUCUUUUCAUUGGCUUCUUCAGCUUCUUCAAGCUCUGCCUGUUCUCCAUCGGGCGUUUGCCAAAUUGGUUGUCGAUUUAGACUGCCCUGUUGCGAAAUGGGGCGCCGAUUUGGUUGAUGGGUAUUUGAAUUAUAGUUUAAAUUUGCUUGAUCUUCUUAAUUCCGUCAGUUUUUCUUUAUCCCAAUUGGGGAAUUCGCGGCUUUCCCUUGCUUAUGCUCUGAGUUUGGUUCGGAGCUCGCCGUUAAUGGCGGUUGCCCGUCUGAACCCCAUUGUUAUGAAGAGGAAUUUUAUGGGAUUGGAAAACAGAGGAAUUGUGGUUGAUCGGAAGAAGGGUUACUCCGGCGAGGAAUGGGCGAUUGAGAGAGCUUUGGCGACAAUGAUGGGAAUUGGGUAUUGGGUCUGUGGGGUUGUGAUUUCUGGUUGCGAGGGAGACUCGACAGCGUAUUUGGAGAUGAGAAGAUUAGCCGCCGGCGUGGUGGUUCCGGCGUUUAAAGAGUUGGAUUCGGUAGUUUCCAAGAUGGGGAGUGUGCCGGAGGAGGUGAAGGAGGUGAACUGUGCGGCGAAGGAGGUCGUUGGCAGCGGUGGCGGCGAUGGAGAGGCGGCGGAGGAGAUGAGGAGGAGAUUAGAGAGAUUGGAGAAGGCGGUGGAGAGAUUGGUGAAGGAGGUGGAUGGAAGAUUCUCGGAGGUUCUCGACGGAAGAAGCCGAUUGCUUGAUGCUUUCAGACAACCCAAACAUUAA